AUGCCCGCCCCGGCUGCUGCCCCUGCUCCCAACGGCAAGGAUGUGUCCAACGGCUCCGUCGCCGCCCCUGUCAAAACUUCCGGCGUCAAGUCGAGGGGUGCGCUGAAGCGUUUAAAGGCAAAGGCUAAAGCUGGAGUCCCGAAGAAGGAGGAGAGGGCGAGUGUGCCGGUGACUGAGCCCGAAAGUGAAGCAGAGUCUACGACUUCGACGAUCGACAACUCUAUCCUCGAAAUCGACCCCAAUGACCCUAACUUCUCCGCCUUUUCCAGCGUCUUUGCCCACUUCCAAGAGGAAGCAACUGAGGGGGACGAAGCCGCGCAAGGACCACAGAAGGGAGAGAUCUAUUAUUCGGAUGAGGAGGAUGACGAUGCGGAGGCCAAGGAGAGGGCGGUGAGAAAGGCGGCGGAGCAGGAAGGGAUGACCAGGAGACAGAAGAGGCAGGCGGCUAAACUAACAGUUGCCGAGCUGAAACAGCUGGUCGACCGACCUGAAGUUGUGGACUGGUUUGACUGUGAUGCCCGAGAUCCCCGUCUGUUGGUGAAUCUCAAAUCUUACAGAAACACUGUCCCUGUUCCCCAACAUUGGAACGCGAAGCGAGACUACCUUGCUGGCAAGAGGGGUAUGGAGAAGCCUCCUUAUCUUCUUCCUCCCUGGAUUGCGGACACUGGUAUUGGAGAGCAACGUGAUGCCAUGAAGGCCAAGGAAGCCGAUCAAUCUCUCCGACAAAAGACGCGUGAACGCGUUCAGCCCAAGAUGGGAAAGAUGGACAUUGACUAUCAGAAGCUGCAUGAUGCUUUCUUUAGGUACCAGGGGAAGCCUAGCAUGAGCAAGUUCGGAGAAGCGUACUAUGAAGGAAAAGAGUUGGAGACGGAUUUGCGUACCAAGAAGCCUGGAGAGCUUUCAACGGAAUUGAAUGAUGCCUUGUCCAUCCCGCCUCUGGCUCCUCCACCCUGGCUCAUUGCCAUGCAGCGGUUCGGCCCUCCUCCUAGUUAUCCCAAUCUCCGUAUCCGAGGAUUGAAUGCUCCCAUUCCUUCCGGUGCCCAAUGGGGUUUCCACCCUGGUGGCUGGGGUAAGCCUCCUGUUGACGACUUCAACCGACCUCUAUACGGCGAUGUAUAUGGCGAGCUGCAGGGUGCCGAGAUUGCCCAGCACCAGAACCAAAUUGACCAUACACUCUGGGGUGAGAUUGAGGACAUGCCGGAGGAAGAAGAGGAAGAGUCCGAGGAAGAGUCGGAAGAGGAGGAGGAAGAAGAAGAAGAAUCUCGUGACGUGCCUGCGGACGGUCUUGCCACGCCCUCCGGUAUGGCCACGCCUUCGGGCUACCAAUCGGUCACCUCGACGGUACCGGGUGGUCUCGAGACCCCCGAUUUCAACUUUUCCGAACUGCGAAAGAAUGCCAGGCCCCAAGCGGACGAGAGACCUUCUGGGCCUCGAGAGCUGUACCAGGUCGUGCCGGAGCGAGAGACGUCGUCGCGGGGAUUCAUGGGAAGCUCUACUACGUACGAUAUCGGUGCGCUGGGGCAGAACGGUGGACCUGCUGUGUUGGGAGCAGAAGACGGAGGUAGAAAGCGCAAGGCCGGCGAUGUGGAGAUCUCCCUGGAUGGCGACGAGGACCUUACGCAAGAGCAGCUGCGUGCCAAGUACGAGGCGAGUCGAAGCCAGGCGAGCAAGGUAUACGUGCCGGGAGCGGACGUUGACCGAAGCGGGUUUGAGGAUGUGGUGUCUGGGGAGAUGAAGAAGCGGGCCCGGAAGGACGAGAAGAAGGGGCGGGAGAAGGGAGAAAAGUUCAAGUUCUAG